CAGUGACCUGGGCCGGGUCCGCCCGGUGGGCCGAGGUUGCAGAGGAGGCGGCGGGUGGUACGGUGGCGAGGCGGCGCGACGGGCGGGUGCCGACUCCCGGAGGCCGCCGUCGGGGCGAGGUGUCCUCAUGACUUCCCCUGCAGACCAUGUCUAUGAUCCUUUUUGCCUGUGUGGUGAGGGUGAGGGAUGGACUGCCCCUCUCGGCCUCCACUGACUUUUACCACACCCAGGAUUUUCUGGAAUGCCGGAGACGGCUCAAGACUUUAGCCUUGCGACUGGCCCAGUACCCAGGUCGAGGUUCUGCGGAAGGAUGUGACUUCAAUAUACAUUUUUCUUCUUUGCGGGAUGUGGCUUGCAUGGCUAUCUGCUCCCGCCAGUGUCCAGUGGCCAUGGCCUUCAGCUUCCUGGAGACCGUGUGGUGGGAAUUCACAGCUUCCUAUGACACCACCUGUAUUGGCCUAGCCUCCAGGCCGUACGCCUUUCUCGAGUUUGACAGUAUCAUUCAGAACGUGAAGUGGCAUUUUAACCAUGUAAGUUCCAUUCAGAUGGAGAGCAGCUUGGAAAAAAUUCAGGAGGAGCUGGAGUUCCAGCCUCCAGUGGUUCUCACUCUGGAGGACAUGGAUGUGGCAAAUGGGCUAAUGAACGGUCACACACAGAUACACUUGGAGCCUGCUCCUAAUUUCCGAAUGGAACCAGUGACAGCCCUGGGUGUCCUCUCGCUUAUUCUCAACAUCAUGUGUGCUGCUCUGAAUCUCAUCCGUGGGAUUCACCUCGCAGAACAUUCUUUACAGGUUGUCCACGAGGAAAUUGGAAAUAUUCUGGCUUUUCUUAUUCCUUUUGUAGCCUGUAUUUUCCAGUGCUAUUUGUACCUGUUCUAUAGUCCAGCCAGGACUAUGAAGGUGGUGUUCCUGCUGCUCUUUAUCUGCCUGGGCAACAUGUACCUGCACGGGCUGCGGAACGUCUGGCAAAUCCUCUUCCACAUAGCGGUGGCUUUUCUGUCUUCGUAUCAGAUACUGACCAGGCAGCUUCAGGAGAAGCAGUCUGACUGCGGAGUUUGA